AUGACCAACUUCCAAAUCCAAAUCAUCUCCGACACCAUCUGCCCCUGGUGCUAUGUGGGCUACCGCCGACUCUCCCGGGCAAUCACCACCCACCAAGCCCUGCACCCAGCAGACACAUUCAACAUCCACUGGAAAGCCUUCUACCUCAACCCUGCCGGUGCCGCCUAUCCCGGCGUGAACAAAGCCGAGAUGUACAGCCAAAAGUUCGGCGCAGGCCGCACAGAAGCCAUAUUCGCGCGGAUGGGUACUGUCGGCGAAGGCGAGGGCAUCAAGUUUAGUUUUGGGGGCAAUUCGGGAUCAACUAGGGACUCGCAUCGACUGCUGUGGUAUGCGGGACAGCAGGAGAAGUUGGGUGGUGGUGCGGGUGAUGGGUUGAUUGGGGGAGUGCAGACUCGGGUUGCGGAACAGUUGUUCCGGGCUUAUUUUGAGGAGGAGAAGAAUAUUACUGAUUUGAAGGUUUUGGUGGAGGCGGGUGUUGGGGGUGGGUUGGAUCGGGAGGAGGUGAAAAGGGUGUUGAAUGAGGAUGUUGGAGCUGAAGAGGUGGAUUUGGAGGCGAAGACGGCGGCGAGUCGGUUGGUCUCGGGGGUGCCGUAUAUUACAGUGCAGGGGAAGUAUCAUGUUGAAGGGGCGGAUGAGCCGGAGACUUUCUUGGAGAUCUUUAAGAAGAUUAAAGAGUAG